AACAAGAUGUAGACACGGAACAGAAAUUUAAAUGAAAAUAAGGAGGAAAAUAAAAAGAAUAGACAUUCAACAGGCUACUAGUACUGUGCAACUAGUGAUUGGAGUUCUGGUUUAAAAAGCGGAGUGUCUGUUAGUUGUUAGUUUGUUUCUGCCUUCGGUUAGCGUACGUGUUAAAUGUGAGGAAGUUAUCUGAGGAACUUUCGUAAUUGGUGGAACUUUAGAGAUGUGGUAGAGUUGAAUUAGAAUUCAACCAAUCGUUGUGGCAAAAGUUGAUUUGUCAACUAUACUGUUAUAAACUUUAUUAUUGUGGUGCGGUUUUCUGAUAAUGAUAAUAUGUGCUAAAUUUAAUUUGUAGACUGAGUGUGUUGAUUCGAUGCGCUGGAGGAAGUUUUCUUUUAUGUAACGCUUAUUAAAUUGCGAUCAGAAGUUGAAGCAAAAGCCGAAUUAAGUCACUAGCGACUUAUCUUAAACAUAUCCGUCACACAGUCUCCGGAUCUGAUAAUAAUUUUAAAUCGUGUGGUAAAUAAAACAUUUUAGUUUUUUAUCGCUUGUUGCAAUAGCGCAAGUUAAAAAUAGCUUUUGUGUCUGUAAGUGUUCAGAUCACGUGAAUAACAAUUCAGAAACAUCAUAAUUGCAAUAAAUGCCGGAUGUUCCAUGAAAGUCUGGUCCUCCAAGCCAACCCGGACUCCUUUUUGGAACUUUCCACACACAUGGUGAGGCGACUACCAAUUAUUCUGCCGAAAUUAUUGCCAAACGGCCUGUGUCCCUGGGACUAUAGUGAAGGGGGAGCCCGGCCAUGCGCCUAGGCCUGGCUUCUCUGCUGGUCACGCUGCUACUGUGUCUAUCCAGGGCCGAGUCCGUCUUGCCUCCACCUGAUUGGUCGCCGGUGACAACCCAACCAUCUUACCAAACCAACCGGCUCACCUUUUUCCCUUACUCGAACGACUCUUUCGAAACAGAUAACCAGUUCAGCGACGGGGAUUCACACUUUAUCGAUGAAUCUCACGAGCUUAGAGAAAACCUCACGGUGGGCGAUCUCAAGAAAGAACCAAUGGCUGAAAAGGUGAAGCUGAUUCUGGGAUACUUAACAGCUGUUAAGGGCGAUCUGAAGGAACGACAAGGUCUGGCCAUUUCUGGAGCCAUUUCCAUGGCUGUGGAAGAAAUUAACAAUGAUCCAGAUAUUCUACCAAACGUCACUCUGGAGGUGCGAUGGAACGAUACAAGAGGAGAGACGGUUUUGGCCACUCGCGCUAUGACUGACAUGAUGUGCGAAGGAGUGGCCGCGUUUUUUGGUCCAGAAGGUUCCUGUUUUGUGGAAGGCAUUGUUUCGCAGGCUCGAAAUAUUCCUAUGAUCAGCUAUAAAUGUUCCGACUACAGAGCCUCCAAGAUUCCAACAUUUGCGCGAACAGAACCGCCAGAUACCCAGGUCACCAAAUCGAUCGUGUCGCUGCUAAACUACUACAAUUGGAACAAGUUUUCGAUCAUCUACGAGGAGGGUUGGGAGACGGUGGCCACUUCGCUGGAAAAACAGGCCGAAGGCAAGAACAUGUCAGUUCAACACAAGAAAAAUGCUGGAGACCGGCACAAAUGUUGUCUGCAGAACUACAAGUGUUGCCAGAGCGGGUUUUGGUAUGAAAUUAUCCAGAAUUCCAAAAACAAGACGCGAAUUUACGUUUUUCUGGGCACAUCGAUAUCGUUGGUGGAUUUCAUGGACACCAUGCAAAGAGCGCAGCUUUUCGAAAAUGGGGAAUACAUAGUGAUUUAUGUAGACAUGAACACCUAUCUGGAAAAGGAAGUGCACAAAUACAUAUACAAGUUUGACGAAUUGGAAAAGUACAAAAACUGUAAAGAAUUAUCCGAUUAUCCCAGCUUGGUGACGCGCGUUAAAUCGCUGUUUGUUGUGGUUCCCACCGCUCCCACUGAAAACUACAAGAAUUUUUCGGAGAAAGUACGCAAUUACAACAAGAUGGAGCCGUUUGAUUUUCAAACUGUUUUCCCUAGUGAAAAGGGCAAAAUUUUCAUCUCCUUUCAAAAGUUCGUUAGCAUCUAUGCAGCGUAUUUGUAUGACUCAGUGAAACUUUAUGCUUCGGCUUUGCACCAUUUACUCAUCGACCAGCCAAUACUGAACGAAAAAACUAUCAGGGAAAUUGCGACUAAUGGCACGAAAAUCAUCGAGACGAUCAUCCAGAUCAAUCAAACAUAUCGAAGUAUAACGGGGGCGGUGAUAAAAUUGGACAAAAACGGCGAUUCGGAAGGAAACUUCUCUGUUCUGGCCUAUAGAGAAACGGAGCAGCUCUAUUUAGGAGGUAGCAAUAAUUUUAGUUGCUCCUUUUACAUGGCACCAGUGGGCCAGUUUUACCAAAAUGAAAAGUCUGCCUAUCCGCAAUACAAAAUUAACCCGAGUACUUCAAUAAUGUGGCCUGGAGGCGACAAGCCAAAUGACGAACCGAGUUGCGGUUUUGAUAAUAAACUUUGCCAGAAAACGGAUACUCAUCGCAACAGCUUGAUAGCCGCAGGAAUACUGGGUAUGGUGCUAUUUUGUGCCGGAGUGGUCACCAUGAGCAUCUACCGAAAGUGGAAAAUUGAGCAGGAAAUCGAAGGAUUGUUGUGGAAAAUUGAUAGGGAUGACAUUCACAGUUAUUUUGAGAAGGAUAAUAUUUCGAGUCCUAGUCGAAUGAGUUUGUGUAGUGUAAGUGUAACAUCCUAUGAGUCGAAGGGUGGUUUGCAAGUGUUUACAACCACAGCUCAAUAUAGAGGCGUGGUGGUGCGAAUCAAAGAUCUGGCAUUUUCUCGAAAAAAGGACAUUUCACGGGAGAUUAUGAAGGAAAUGAGGCUGUUGCGGGAUUUGAGGCACGAUAACGUCAACUCGUUUAUUGGUGCUUGCGUCCAGCCCACCUCACUGCUACUAGUCACAGAUUAUUGUGCCAAAGGAAGUUUAUAUGAUAUUAUUGAAAAUGAGGAUAUUAAGCUGGACAAGAUGUUUAUUGCUUCGUUAGUGCAUGAUCUCGUUAAGGGGAUGCUAUAUUUACAUAACUCAAUGCUACUGUGCCAUGGCAAUUUAAAGUCAUCAAACUGUGUGGUAACUAGUCGAUGGGUCUUGCAAGUCACGGACUUUGGCCUGGGCGAAUUACGCCAACUAGCUGCAAUGGAAAGCGAAGAGGAGCAUCAAACUUACAGAAAUUUGCUCUGGAAAGCGCCUGAGCUGUUGAGGUUUCCAGAGAAAUUUAUCAAAGGCACACCGCAAGGUGAUGUUUACGCAUUUGGCUUGAUAUUGUACGAGAUAUUAGGGCGAAGGGCCCCUUUUGGAGACGUGGACGAUGAACUAAAAGACAUUGUGCUAUCAAUAAAAAACCCAAAAGAAGGCCAGCCUCUAAUGAGACCGGACGCAGACAUUCUUCAUAAUCCUGAAAUCGGCUGUGAUGAAUACGUGUUAGAAGUAAUGAAAGAAUGCUGGUCGGAAAGUCCGGAAUGUCGGCCAGACUUUCCUAGUAUUAGGUCUAGACUUAAGAGAAUGAAGGACGGAAAGAGCAAAAACAUAAUGGAUCAAAUGAUGGACAUGAUGGAAACAUAUGCGACUAACUUGGAGGAAUUGGUCUACGAACGGACUAGAUUGCUCUAUGAGGAAAAGAAUAAAACUGAAGACUUAUUGCAUAGAAUGCUUCCAGAGCCUGUAGCUGACAAACUUACCAAAGGCUACGGCAUCGAACCUGAAUCAUUCGACUUAGUAACGAUUUAUUUCAGCGACAUAGUAGGUUUUACUGCCAUGUCAGCUGAGAGCACACCCUUACAAGUAGUUAACUUUCUCAAUGAUCUCUACACAGUAUUUGACCGAAUUAUUAAGGGCUACGACGUCUACAAGGUGGAAACAAUCGGUGACGCCUACAUGGUGGUAUCAGGGUUGCCCAUCAGAAAUGGAGAUCGACAUGCAGGCGAAAUCGCCUCCAUGGCAUUAGAUCUGCUUUCGGCUGUUAGAAAUCAUUCCAUAGCCCACAGACCAAACGAAACACUCAAGCUUAGAAUAGGAAUACAUACAGGUCCAGUAGUAGCGGGAGUAGUAGGACUGACCAUGCCGCGAUACUGUUUAUUUGGGGACACCGUAAACACGGCAUCCAGAAUGGAAAGCAACGGAGAACCGUUGAAGAUCCACAUAAGCAUGCAAUGCAAAGACGCCCUGGAAAAACUGGGAGGUUACACUAUAGAGGAAAGGGGCCUGGUGAGCAUGAAAGGGAAAGGCGAAGUGGAAACGUUUUGGCUGGUGGGAGCCACCGAACAGGCCAUCCAGAGGAAGGAGGUGGAUUUGACCGAAUUGCCUCCCCCGUUAUUCUGCAGACCGAGGCGAAGCCCUAAACUCAACAACGAAUCGAGGCAACCAUCGAUUAUUGGAGGAUUUGGAGGAUUGAACAGCAGAAGACAUUCGAGUGUUCCCAGAGGUACCAGCAUAGAACUGGAAAGCUCGUCCACCCUGCAAAAUUACAGUCCAAUGGUGCAGUCGCGCCAUUUUCUUAAAGUUAACCGCAACAAUUUGCAUGUUCCAGACCCGGGAGGGUCCAAAUUGACGAUUAAUACCACCUUCGGAAGCCAAAUCCUCGAGAAACCAGAAGAGGGUCGACAAAAGCCUCGGCCUCGAAGAGUGUUGUCUAGCAUUGCGUCUAGCUCGGAGGAACCGCACAAGAGUUAUGGAGGAUUGAAUAAGGUGCGCGAAUCGAAGUCUUUGGAUCCAUUGCCGUUUGUUGCAAGACCAGCCACUACGGCCAAGGAUCUGAUCGAUUCGUUCCUCACCGGCAGGAAACGUUCAACGAAAAGCUUAGACAACUGUGAUAAAUGCGGCGAAAUUCAGAUAAUAGCAAUACCGAAAGACAAGAUGGUGAACAACAAUUUCCCGAAUGGCAAUUUACUCAACAUGCCCCAAGAGGAACAGCACGGGUUUAUUGAAGACGCGCAAGUGCCUCUGUUGAAGCCUCCAAAGGUGCAAAAUCCUCUAAUAGUGCGACGAAGAGGUGGCAGUGAUGUUAACAAGUUUCUUGUCAGCGAUUGUUCGAAGGCGAAACUAACGCAUUCCUUGGACGCUCUCCCAACCACCCAGAAUCAACUGGCGCCAAAAAGUUCCUUCACUAAAUGGUUAGUGGGCAUAUUUAGUGGCAACAGCUUGAAAUCCAGUAACGCGUCCCUUAAAAAGGGCGUCUUGAAUGAUUACAGCAUUCAAGCACCCGACAAUGAAAGCAUGGUUUAGUAGAAAAACAAGGUUGUAUUAUCAAAGAAGGUCGUGGCAGGGCAAAGAGCUGGAAACUGAUAGGAUUGUGACUGAGGUUUUUGUGUUUAUGAUUAUUUGGUCUGAGCAGCAUUGAGUUAAUUGAGCGCUGAGCGCAAAUUGUGAUACUUCAGAAGAAAAUUUCUCGGAUGAGCCUAAAUGCCCAAAAACAGAAAAAAGGUAUUUUUGAAAAAUUGCUAUUUUGCAUUCUUUACAUUAUUGGCGUCGUUGUUGGGCUUUUUCUUAAACUGGUGUAAUUCGAUAAACAAAAUAUCUGAGUUUUUAAAUAUUUGGGUACUUUACGUACAACCGGAAUGCUGCAUGCCAGGAAUAUAUCAAUAAUGUAAUAAUACAAGAAGAAUAGUGGUGUUUCCCAAUAAUUAUUGCACCAAUUGCGGUGAACUCAUAGAAAACUUACAUUUUAACACUGAAUGAAUUCAAAAAAAUGCAAAAUAAAUCUGACUUGAGUUUUACUGAUAAAAAACACGCCGCUUCGCAAUAUUAUGCGAAAAUAAUCAUUAUACACAAAAAACGUUUUUUUGUUAUUAGAAAGUGUUCGUAAAAUGCAAGUAGCAAUGCUGUUAUCGGUUGGUUUUAUAUAGUUUUUUUGACGAUAAUAAAGUUGAAACUUGUUUAAAUAACCAAAAUGCAGAAUAGAGGAGUUCAUUUGAUUUUAAACAUGUCGUAGUCGCUUAAUGUAUGCAGAGUAUCCAGAAAAUGUGAGCAUGCUUUCGAAUGCACAAAGAUACAGGGUGUCAAAAGAAUACAUUCCUACCAAGAUCGCCUUGUAAAGGAACGUCGCUAAAAAUCGUUUUUUAUUAAAUAACUUCUUAAAAUACUUGGUCUUACUUGAAUUUGUAUUGCGGUAGUUGAGGCCUCUUAAAAUAGUGUAUUUUAAACUAACUUUGGCUGUUAGAGUUCGCCAGGCACCGACCGGCUUGUAGAUAUUAACGCUCAUAUUUUAAACACCCUGUAUGACUCCAGAACACUAAUUUUGGAUAUUUUGAAGCUGAAGCUAAAUAAAGCUACUCUUGUUUGACUAGAAAUUACAUUUUGCCACCAUUUUUCAUGCUUUCCUAAUUGGGAAUUUCGAAACAAAAAAUUUUAAAAUAAUAUGAGCUCUAAAAAAAACUUCGUUUUCCGGUAAAAUGGCCCGGAAAGAAGAAUGUUGCAUCAUAAUUGCAAUCCCCUGAAUAAUUUUCGAGAAAAUUUGUAAUUUUGACCGAAAAGUGCCUCAAACUGCGUAAUGCCCAGAAAAAGCAUCAAACUAAAAGACACUGUUGCAUUAUUCAAAAAUUCAAGUUUUUCCAACUGCGCUAGCCACAAUGAAAGGAAUACAUGAAAUAAAACGACAUUCAGAGCAACAUUUUUCAAGUAAUUCCAUGCAUAUUCGGGUUUUCGGGACAAAUUCAGCGGAAAAUGAGCCCCAUUUGGGGGGUUUUCCGAAAAACAUUUGGCUAUUUUGCAAAAAUCACCCAUCAACAUGGUACUCGUUUUCCACUAAAAUCGCCCCAAAAAUUCUAAAGAUUCUCACUGAUAGCUUUCGCAAAUUUUGAAUUGUACAAUAAAAAUAUGAAAAUUAAAAAAUUACAAACGAAACAAUCUAUUCGAAGUGGUUUGCACAUAUUGUUUUGUGCGAGACUGAUAAUAAGAGAGAGAAUAUGAGAGAAUAUGAGAACUGAUAAUAAAUUAUAUCCAGUACUUUAAAAGUUAUUUAAUAAAAGCCGAUAUUCAGCGGCGUUUUGAGAAGAUUUGUUUCAUAGAAUCUGGUUAUGCUACUAUGCAUACGUUCAUAUUUUUUGGGACACUCGUAUAGUUUUUAUUUUAUUUAUUUUUGGUCAGUAAGUUAAAAUUGUUUAUUUUAAUCCCUUUUAUUUUUUGUGUUGUACAGUUUUAUUUUAAGUGAUAAAGCUAUAAUAAGUAUGUUUAUAUCGAUAUCUUUAGAACCAAAAAUAUGUAUAAUAUUUUAUCCGUGUUAUUGCGGCAAGUUUCAACGAUACUGAAUGUGAUUUUUAAGCCAGAUAUUGCAUUUUGUUAUUUAACGAAAAACAGUUGAUUUAAUUCGCAUUUUUCCUUAUCGAGUGUGUGAACUCGUAAAUUAAGAUCUGCUAGAACGGUUUUGGAGGUUUUAGUCAAACGGUUUAUGGAACCAGAUUGUGUUGGAGGCUGUGAAUAAUGGUGCUUUUGUAAUAAUCGUCUGAAAAUCUACUUAACCAUCGGACGAUAAAAACGUUAAAUUAAAACGAGUGAAAUGCAAUGAAAUAGAUGAUUACAGAAGCACACAAAAAAUAUGUCAGUGUAAAUAAUAGUUUAAUUUAUGUUUUAAGUUAACAGAGAAGGGUAUAGUGGUAUUCAGCACAAUCAUUUCAUUGCUUAAUUCGUUUUUGCUGAAAUAUGCUAUAUCCAUCCAUGCAUCAUAUUAUAGCAGAUGUGCCAUCAUACCUUAAGUCAUUGUAUGUAUUUAAAAUGUACGUAAAAAGCGGCUAAAUAUUUUCACUUUCCAUCAGACCCUGCUUAGGGUGACUGUUACAAUAUUUGGCCCAUCAGCUAAAUGUAAAUAAUAUAAAUGUUAUUAUGUAUGUAGGGGUACUGUUUCAUAAAAAUAUAUAUACAUGUAUAUUUAUUU